AAAAUGUUUGUUCCGAGAGCUCUUACAGUCAAGAGGACUGCUGAUGACGACGGGACCUGCAUAACUAAGAAAAACAAGUCUUCUCCCAGUGAAGCCUCAUCUGAAGAGGGCUCAAAGUUUAUAGAGGCUGAAUUGGAUACAAAAGAAAUAUCUGCCUCAGAAAAUGACUCCCUUCCAGUGAACGAACGUACAGAACUACAGACUUCUCUAGAUUCACCUGUGGCAGUUAUUGAAGGAACUUUGGAAAAUGCUAAAGAUAAAAACUGUUCUCUGGCAGAGGAGCCUAUAAAAUCAUUCUGUAGAACUCAACGCUGGCCUGAACCUGGUGAACCUGUCUGUGUGGUCUGUGGUCGUUAUGGGGAAUACAUCUGUGACAAGACUGAUGAAGAUGUUUGUAGCUUGGAGUGUAAAGCCAAACACCUUUUACGUGUUAAAGAACAGGAGGAAGACUCAAAGCCUGCCGAUAGAUCUGUCUGUCUCGACUGUACUUACGUCUAUAAAGAAAAUGAUUUUGUCUUAAGCCUACGAGAUGGGCAGGUUGACAACUUAAGGCUGCAACUGGGCAUCGCCGUGGAAGGUCAAGGAGUUGCGAAACCUAUUGUAGAAUUUGAGCACUGUGGCUUUCCUGACAUUUUGAACUGCAAUUUAAAAAAAUCUGGCUACGAAGUCCCAACUCCUGUCCAGAUGCAAAUGAUUCCAGUCGGAUUACAAGGAAGGGAUAUUGUGGCCACUGCUGACACGGGCUCGGGCAAAACUGCAGCUUUCCUGCUUCCAGUUAUAAUUAAAGCUUUGGGCGAGACAGAAGCCCCAUCUGCUCUUAUUUUGACACCAACGAGAGAGUUAGCAAUACAGAUUGAGAAGCAAACUAAAGAGCUUAUGAUUGGUCUACCAAACAUGAGAACGGUUCUUCUCGUUGGAGGAUUGCCGUUACCUCCUCAGCUCCAUCGCUUAAAACAAAAUGUUAAGGUUAUAAUAGCAACACCUGGCAGGCUCCUAGAAAUUCUAAAGCAAAGCUCCAUACAACUCCAUCAUAUUAAAAUCAUUGUAGUGGAUGAAGCUGAUACGAUGUUAAAAAUGGGUUUCCAGCAGCAGGUAUUGGAAACUUUGGAAAAUAUCCCCAGAGAUCGUCAGACCCUUCUAGUGUCAGCCACGAUGCCUUCCGGCACUGAGCAACUGGCGAAUCAACUUCUGCAAAAUCCCAUAAAAAUCACCAUUGGAGAAAAGAAUCUGCCGUGCUCCAACAUUCGCCAGAUUAUCUUGUGGAUAGAGGAACCCUCGAAAAAGAAAAAACUUUUUGAAAUAUUAAACGAUAGGAAGCUCUUCAAGCCUCCAGUGCUGGUGUUUGUGGAAUGCAAACUGGGCGCUGAUCUUCUGAGUGACGCUGUUCAUAAAAUCACAGGCUUACAAACAGUAUCGAUGCAUGCUGAUAAACUGCAGAUAGAUAGAACGGCCAUAUUACAGGGAUUGUUGCAACAGAAGUAUGAAGUGGUUGUAAGCACUGGAGUCCUUGGACGAGGACUUGAUCUGGUAAAUGUUAAGUUGGUUGUCAACUUUGACAUGCCAUCUAGUAUGGAUGAAUAUGUACAUCAGGUUGGAAGAGCUGGACGGUUGGGUCACAGUGGAACUGCAAUUACUUUUAUUAAUAAUAACAGUAAGAAACUUUUCUGGGAUGUUGUAAAGCGAGUUAAACCAACAGGCACUAUUCUCCCACCCCAGUUAUUAAAUUCCCCAUACCUUCAUGACCAGAAGAGAAAGGAACAGCAAAGAAGCAAACAAUCACAGAAUGGGCUUGUAACAGCUGAUAACCUUGUGGACAUUAUUAGAAAGCAUGACAGAAGCAUUUCACAGAAGUAGUGAACUGAGCUUUAUUUGUAAAUGUAAUACAUUUGCACAUCAUGUUAA